AUGGCUCUCAUCACCUACGAUACAAAUUCAGCGCGCUCUCCUUCCCCUCCAGACAUAGGGGACAGCCCUGCACCUGGGACUGAUCCACCCCAACUGAACACAACAGAGACCUUCCCGCCCGGGGACACAGACCUGUUGUCGUCCCCCCUACACCCACAUCUGGAGUCAGGGAAGACUUAUGGUCCGGGUGACAGAUUGACACACCUCUGGGGAGGACCCGGACUUGUGGGUUGGCCCGGGUGCCGGGGUCCGGCUGGGGACCUCGGCUGGGGACCUCUGGAGCCGUGCGACGGCCUUGCCCAGCCCCGCCCCGCGCCCGGCCGCCCCGCCCCACUGCCCGCUCCCGCUGGCCCUUCCGCCUCUCUCAGCGGCGCCAGGGAGCAGGACGGGCAUCGGGGCCAUGGAGAGGACAGCGGGCAAAGAGCUCGCCCUGGCGCCGCUGCAGGACUGGGGCGAGGAGACCGAGGACGGCGCCGUGUACAGCGUCUCCCUGCGGCGACAGCGCAGUCGGCGCUCGACCCCAGAGGGGCCUGGAGACCAGCAGGCUCCCAACCCGGCUGCCGACACCUUCCUCCAGUACCGCACCAGCAAGGUGCGGGCGCUGAGGGCCGCCCGACUGGAGCGGCUGGUGCAUGAGUUGGUGUCCGGAGACCGUGAGCAGGAUCCUGGCUUCGUGCCCGCCUUCCUGGCCACCCACCGGGCCUUUGUGCCCACAGCCCGCGUUCUGGGCUUUCUGCUACCCCCGCCCCCGCCACCACCACCUCCUGGGGUAGACAGCAAGAGGGCAGAGGCGCAGGAUCUGAGCUUCAGCAAGAACCUGAGGGCUGUGAUUUCGGUACUCGGUUCUUGGCUGCGAGACCAUCCUCAGGACUUCCGGGAUCCCCCUGCCCAUCAGAACCUGGGCAAUGUCCGAAUCUUUCUGGACUGGGCAGCCCCAGGAGGGGCAGAAGCUAGGGAAGCAGAGAAACUUCUAGAAGAUUUCUUGGAGGAGGCUAAGGGAGAGCAGGCAGGGGAGGAUCGGCGACUGGCUUGGGCAGGCCCGCCCAGGGCUGCCCAGUCCCCCAGAUCAGAGUUUGCAGAGGACUUCGAGGAAGAGGAAGGCCCCUGUUCAGAAGGCCCCGAGCUUCUGGACUUCAGUGUGGAUGAGGUGGCGGAGCAGCUGACCCUGAUGGACGUGGAGCUCUUCCUGCGCGUGCGGACCUGCGAGUGCCUGGGUUCCAUGUGGUCCCAGCGCGACCGGCCGGGAGCUGCAGGCAUUUCCCCCACAGUGCGCGCCACCGUGGCCCAGUUCAACGCGGUUACGGGCUGCGUGCUGGGCUCGGUGCUCGCAGCGCCCGGCCUGGCGGCCUCGCAGAGGGCACAGCGCAUCGAAAAGUGGAUCCGCAUCGCCCAGCGCUGCAGGGAACUUCGCAAUUUCUCUUCUUUGCGAGCUAUCCUGUCUGCCCUGCAGUCUAACCCCAUCUACAGGCUCAAGCGCAGCUGGGGAGCCGUGAGCCGGGAACCACUGUCCACUUUCAGGAAGCUGUCGCAGAUUUUUUCUGAUGAGAAUAAUCAUCUCAGCUGCCGAGCAAUUCUUUCCCAGGAGGAGGCCUCCGAGGGACCCCAUGAUGAUGACUGCCUCCCCGGAAGUCGGCCAUUGAAACUGCCCCCGGGGCCUGUCCCCUACCUUGGCACCUUCCUCACAGACUUGGUUAUGCUGGACACAGCCUUACCGGAUACGCUGAAGGGAAAUCUCAUCAACUUUGAGAAGAGGAGGAAGGAAUGGGAGAUCCUGGCCCGAAUCCAGCAGCUACAGCAUCGCUGCCAGUUCUACAGCCUGAGCCCCCGCCCACCAAUCCUGGCUGCCCUUCGAGCCCAGCGCCAGCUCAGUGAGGAACAGAGCUACCGAGUCUCCAGGGUCAUUGAACCACCAGCUGCGUCCUGUCCCAGCUCCCCCCGUAUUCGGCGUCGAAUCAGCCUCACAAAGCGUCUCAGUGCGAAGCUGUCCCGGGAGAAGAACUCUUCCCCUGGUGGGAGUCCCGGGGAUCCGUCCUCACCAACCUCCAGUGUGUCUCCAGGGUCUCCCCCAUCCAGUCCUAGAAGUGGAGAACCUCCUCCUGGCAGUCCUCCAGCCUCCCCAGGGCCCCAGAGCUCCAGCAACAAGCUGUCUCUGAACAUGGACCCCCCUAAGACCUUGACCCUGAGCAGCUCUCGAAUUCCCCUCCUUGGGCAGCAGACCUCAGAGGCCCGUGUCAUCCGAGUCAGCAUCGACAAUAACCAUGGGAACCUGUAUCGGAGCAUCUUGCUCACUUGUCAGGACAAAGCCCCCAGUGUGGUGCAAAGAGCCCUGGAGAAGCACAAUGUGCCCCAGCCCUGGGCCCGUGACUACCAGCUCUUCCAGGUCCUGCCUGGGGACAGAGAGCUCCUGAUUCCGGACGGUGCCAACGUCUUCUAUGCAAUGAGCCCUGCCGCCCCUGGCGACUUCCUGCUGCGUCGGAAACAGGGGACGCCUUCGGCCUCCCCAACCUGAGGCAACGCUGGCCUCACUCUGGGACACAGGCACCAUGGACAGCUUGGGGACCCAUUUCCUGAAGAGCCUCCAUCCCCAGUGGAAGCUGUUUUGCUCUCUAUCCUGGGGACCCCCCCAGCAUCAGCCCAUCGGACCCCCAACUCCCUGGGCACUUGACCGUUAUUCCAAAAACAUGACUGUGUGAGAAAACUCAGAAAAAUCAAGAGCCUUAAGAACUGAGAGCUUAGCUUAGUGGCAGAGCCCUUGCCCAGCAUGCCCUAGACCCAGGAUGGUUUCCACCACUCCCAAAAAUAAAAGUCUAAGGGGUUUUGGACUA